GCCCCCUGCAGUCUGCACGGGGCAGUGCCGGGGCCCGCGGCCUCAUUACCCAGGGUCGGCUGCUUACAGCCGGCGGGCACCCCAGUGGCAGUGCCGCAUUCCUCCCGCCUGGACCCAGCUCCCUGGCAGACCCCCGUCACCCUCGCCUCCGGCCAGUUCUACGCAACGGUGUCCCUAGAGGACUGUGGCCGCUCACGGCUCUGAAUCCGGGUCGGGGAGGUUUAGAGAAGGUUUGGGGGAGCGGACUCGAUGGAAUAGGUUGCAGGACUUAGGGGAAGGCUGCGCCGGGGAAUUUCCAGAGCCGAGACAGAUUUAGAGCGGAGGAGCAAGGGUCCAGAUUGCCGACGCUCAGGGCAGGGGCUCCGAGUCCAGACCUGGCUUGGGGGAAUCGGAACUAGGAUUGGGGGCAGCGGGCCCCACGUGCUCGUGACGCGGGGGCGGUCGGUAGGCGGUGGCGGCGACGCGGGGCCGGCGGCCGUGGGGCGCCGGGAGGGGUGCUAGGUUGGCGGCAGGAUGUUGCGCGCCGCACUGCCGCUGCUAGGGCUGCCCCUGGCGGGGGCGGGAACAACCGAAGAGCCCACCCUGGAGCUGGGGUCGCCGGGUGAGCCUCCCCCGGGAUUGGCGCUCUUCCGCUGGCAGUGGCAUGAGGUGGAGGCGCCCUACCUGGUAGCCCUGUGGAUCCUGGUGGCCAGCCUGGCUAAGAUCGUGUUUCACCUGUCUCGGAAGGUGACAUCUCUGGUCCCUGAGAGCUGCCUGCUGAUUUUGCUGGGACUGGUGCUUGGGGGCAUUGUCUUGGCUGUGGCCAAGAAAGCUGAGUAUCAGCUGGAGCCAGGCACCUUCUUCCUCUUCCUGUUGCCCCCUAUUGUGCUGGACUCAGGCUAUUUCAUGCCCAGCAGGCUGUUCUUUGACAACUUGGGUGCCAUCCUUACCUAUGCCGUAGUGGGCACACUCUGGAAUGCCUUCACAACAGGUGCUGCCCUCUGGGGCCUGCAGCAGGCUGGACUUGUGGCCCCUAGAGUGCAGGCUGGCUUGCUGGACUUCCUGCUGUUCGGGAGCCUCAUCUCAGCAGUGGACCCUGUGGCUGUGCUGGCUGUGUUUGAGGAGGUGCACGUCAACGAGACCCUCUUUAUCAUUGUCUUUGGCGAGUCCCUGCUCAAUGAUGCAGUCACCGUGGUGCUGUACAAGGUCUGCAACUCCUUUGUGGAGAUGGGCUCUGCCAACGUGCAGGCCACUGACUACCUGAAGGGAGUCGCCUCCUUGUUUGUGGUCAGUCUGGGCGGGGCAGCUGUGGGCUUAGUCUUUGCCUUCCUCCUGGCCCUGACCACACGCUUCACCAAGCGGGUCCGCAUCAUCGAGCCACUGCUGGUCUUCCUCCUCGCCUACGCAGCCUACCUCACUGCUGAAAUGGCCUCACUCUCCGCCAUUCUUGCGGUGACUAUGUGUGGCCUGGGCUGUAAGAAGUACGUGGAGGCCAACAUCUCCCAUAAGUCCCGCACAGCUGUCAAGUACACAAUGAAGACUCUAGCCAGCUGCGCCGAGACCGUCAUCUUCAUGCUGCUUGGCAUCUCGGCUGUGGACUCUUCCAAGUGGGCCUGGGACUCUGGGCUGGUGCUGGGCACCCUCUUCUUCAUCCUGUUCUUCCGAGCCCUCGGCGUAGUCCUGCAGACAUGGGUGCUGAAUCAGUUCCGGCUGGUCCCUCUGGACAAGAUCGAUCAGGUGGUGAUGUCCUACGGGGGCCUGCGAGGGGCUGUGGCCUUCGCUCUCGUCAUUCUCCUGGACAGGACUAAGGUCCCUGCCAAAGACUACUUUGUGGCCACCACUAUUGUGGUGGUCUUCUUCACAGUCAUUGUGCAGGGCCUGACCAUCAAGCCACUGGUCAAGUGGCUAAAGGUGAAGAGGAGUGAGCAUCAUAAACCUACCCUGAAUCAGGAGCUGCAUGAGCACACUUUUGACCACAUUCUGGCUGCAGUGGAGGACGUUGUGGGGCACCAUGGCUAUCACUACUGGAGGGACAGGUGGGAGCAGUUUGACAAGAAGUACCUGAGUCAGCUGUUGAUGCGGCGGUCAGCCUACCGCAUCCGGGACCAGAUCUGGGAUGUGUAUUACAGACUCAACAUCCGGGAUGCCAUCAGCUUCGUGGACCAGGUGGGCCGGCAGCCAAUGGGAGGUCACGUCUUGUCCUCUGCUGGGCUCACUCUGCCCUCAAUGCCCAGCCGCAAUUCUGUGGCCGAGACCUCUGUCACCAACCUACUGAGGGAAAGUGGCAGUGGAGCAUGUCUGGAUCUGCAGGUGAUUGACACAGUGCGCAGCGGCCGGGACCGUGAGGAUGCUGUGAUGCACCACCUGCUCUGUGGAGGCCUCUACAAACCACGCCGCAGGUACAAAGCCAGCUGCAGCCGCCACUUCAUCUCUGAGGAUGCACAGGAGCGCCAGGACAAGGAAGUCUUCCAGCAGAACAUGAAGCGGCGGCUAGAGACCUUUAAGUCCACCAAGCACAACAUCUGCUUCGCCAAAAGCAAGCCACGACCUCGCAAGGCUGGCCACAAGAAGAAGGAUGGCGUGGCUAACACUGAGGCUACAAAUGGGAAAUCUCCUCGAGCCCUGGGUUUCCAGGACACAGCUGCUGUGAUCUUAACUGUGGAGUCUGAGGAGGAGGAGGAGAGCGACAGUUCGGAGACAGAGAAGGAGGACGACGAGGGGAUCAUCUUUGUGGCUCGGGCCACCAGCGAGGUUCUCCAAGAAGGCAAGGUCUCAGGGAGCCUUGAAGUAUGCCCAAGCCCACGCAUCAUCCCUCCCUCCCCAACCUGUGCAGAGAAGGAGCUACCCUGGAAGAGUGGGCAGGGGGACCUGGCAGUCUAUGUUUCCUCAGAAACGACGAAGAUUGUUCCUGUGGACAUGCAGACAGGCUGGAACCAGAGCAUCUCAUCCCUGGAGAGCUUGGCAUCCCCGCCCUGUACCCAGGCCCCAACUAUGAGCCGCCUCCCUCCCUAUCCACUGGCUGCUGAAGAGCCCCGGGCCCCUCUCGACCUGCCUCCCGACCCUCGGCCUAGCUUUGCCUUUCCCCCAAGCUUGGCCAAGUCUGGCCGCUCUCGCAGUGAAAGCAGCGCUGACAUCCCCCGGCAACAGGAGCUGCAGCCCCUCAUGGGACAUGAGGACCACACCCAUCUUAGCCCAGGCACUGCCAACUCCCACUGGUGCAUCCAGUUCAGCAGAAGUGGCCGGCUGUAGCCCAGGGACUCAGGGAGAAGCAGGGGGCCAGCACUCUCACGUGAAGUCUUCUCUGCACAACGGGCAGAGGAGCCCACUCAGCUUGACAUGGGGUUAGAGGGACCUGGAAUGAAGAGGCAACUGGGCUCCCUUGGGGAAGGUCAGAAGGGUCUCCUGAGCUGGUCCUCACAGGGACCCUUUCCACCACCCUCCCUGCUCUUAACUCUUGCUACCGUCCCUUUCGGUAAGGCCCGUAUACUAGCACAAGACCCAGUCCAAAGCGUGUAAGGGGCUAGGCCCAGAGAUGUGGGUAGCAGAUGCCCCUUUCCCAGUGGGUCCUCCUGGGGUCACUCCAGGCAGCUGUUCUUGCCCCCAAAGCAAGGGUAUCAUUCCUCAGCUGACAGUGGCCUGUGUGCCCUCCACCCUUUCCCUAGCACCAGUUCAAGGACAGUGUCCUGGCAGUGGGGCUCCAUGAGGAGCUGGUCCUCAAAGGGAUUGGGAUGGGAGGUGCAGCAGGCUUUGCUGCCCUGUUGGGUCAGCCACCCACAGCCUAUUUGUUUAGGGGAGUGGGAAUCUGUCUCCACCCCUUGCUUUACCUUCUCCCCUUGCUGCCAGCCACUGGGGCAACAGUUCCUCCUUUUCCAGGACUAUGGCCACAGGCCGGGGCCAAGCUUCAGAUCAGGGCUGCUUCUUAGCUGGGGUCACUCUGGGGAAUCUGCUGCUCUGCAUCCAAGUGUGGAUCUUUCAGAUCCUUGGCUCUGGGUUUUCUGAGGAGGGGAGACAGUGACUUCAGGGCUCCCAUACAUCACCUCAUUAUUUCCUAAACAGGAAAGCAGCCAAGUAUCCCAGGGCUACUGCUCCAUUGCUCUGGGGGCUGGGAUGCCUGGCUGCAGAAGUAGGGAGGCUACUGAGUGGCUGGUGACUUUCCUUGGGUUAGCACCUGCCCUGUGUCUUGUACCUUCAGCCUAAGACACAUUAAACAUCUCUCAAAUGGA